AUGGCAGACGAUUCCGUUCCAGCUGCGCCGGCUAAGGCCGGUGGUGAAAGUUCUUCACGGGGGGAGGGGGCUCACGAGGCAGAGGAGGGGGUCGCGGGCGCGGGCAAGGCCGUGGAAGGGGAGGCAAUGAGAGAGGAAGGGGUCGAGGAAGAGGUUUUGGGGCCAAUGACUUCGGCGGCCGUCAUAAGAAAGCUGAUAUGGGUCGGGGGGAAUACGAGUGUAGACAGACGAAAACGACGAGACGAGAAGACUGGCAAUGGUGAAACCGACGAUGUUGCCAAAUAUCAUAGCACGCAAUUCAGCAAGGAAGAAAUCGAAGCCGAGGGUCGCAAACCAAAAAGAAAAGUCGCGGUGUUGAUUGGUUAUGCAGGAUCAGGUUAUAAGGGGAUGCAAAUCAACGGAACAGAAAAGACAAUCGAGGGUGAUCUCUUCAAGGCAUUCGUCGCUGCCGGCGCGAUUUCGAAAGCCAAUGCGGAUGACCCGAAAAAGUCUACACUGGUCAGAUGUGCGAGAACAGACAAAGGUGUACAUGCUGCAGGCAACGUAAUCUCUCUCAAGCUUAUUGUCGAGGAGGACGAUAUCGUUCAGAAGAUCAAUGCUGCUCUACCGCCCCAAAUUAGAGUUUGGGGGUAUGAGCGAACUAACGGCUCAUUCAGUUGUUACCAGAGUUGUGAUUCCAGGUGGUACGAGUACCUCAUUCCAACAUACUCUUUCCUUCCGCCGCAUCCGCGAAGCUUCCUAGGACGAAAAUUGGUUGACUCGGCAGAAAAGAAGGGGGUCUUAGAUGAAUACAAGUCGCGACAGGAGGAUGUGGCCAACUUUUGGGAUAGUGCCGAAGAAAAAUACAUUAAGCCCAUUCUUGAUGAACUGGAUCCGGAGAUGAGAGAUGCGGUUAUGGAGUCUAUUCACGCCUCUGAGAUCAUGCUAGAUUUAGAUCUACCCAAACCAAAGAAGGAGAAGCCAGCCAAAGCGAAGCCAACAAAUGUCUCUAUGGACCCGGCAACGCAGGCAGAAAACGAGGCGUCCUUAUUAAAUGUUCAUGGAGAUCGUAAAGCACAUCUUGAGAGGGCAAUUGCUCAGGACCAGAUGAAGCGCAAAGCUGAAGAGGAUUCAGUAUCACGGGACCAGCCACCACCAAAAAUACAACGAAUAUCGCCUGAUCAUACGUCAGUUGAUACUCCCGAACAGAAAAAUGGACUGGCGGAAACAAAUGCGCUGGCUACAGAGAGCCCAUCGGUAGAGGUUGUCGCAAGCGAAGAUUCAAAUUUGAAAGCUGUGGAUACCACAUCCCUUGUUGAAAAUGCAAAAGAAGAAGUCGAAGCAGAGAGUACUGCGAUUUCGGCGAAUGAAGAAGCAGAUUCGACAGUGGCAGACACGACGGCCCCUCUCGAAGGUGCAAAACAGGAAUUAGAAGCAGAAAGCACUGCGAUCACAACGAAACAAGAUGAGCCUAGGCGCGAGCUUACCCCUCUGGAAGUCGCUAUCAAAAGGGUCAAAGCUGCAUAUAUCACCGCCAAAAAAGCCUACCGGAUAUCGGAGUACCGCCGUCAAAGAGUUGAAGAAGCACUAAACACAUAUGUUGGAACAUGCAAUUUCCAUAAUUACACCAUUCAAAAAUCUUUCUCUGAUCCUUCCGCUAAGCGAGUUAUACGCUCAUUUAAGGUUGGUAAAGAUCCUGUUUACAUUAACGAUACGGAAUGGCUCUCUCUGAAGGUACAUGGUCAGUCAUUCAUGAUGCACCAAAUUCGAAAAAUGGUCGCAAUGGCAUCGAUGGUGGUUCGCUGUGGUAGCACUGCUGAGGUUAUUCGCGAUAGUUAUGGAAGAGCUCCAAUCAGUAUUCCAAAAGCUCCCAGUCUUGGUUUGUUGCUAGAACGCCCGGUGUUUAAUAGCUACAACACCCAGGCUGUUUCGAAAUUCAACCGAGAGAAGAUUGAUUUCGACAAGUACCAAAAGGAGAUGGACGAGUUUAAGCAAAGAGAAAUUUAUGAUCGGAUAUUCAGAGAGGAAGAGAGAGACAACCAAUUCCACACGUUCUUCCAUCAUAUCGACAACUUCAAGACCGACUACUUUCUUUGGGUAACAGCAGAAGGGGUGGCUGGUGCGAGACAGAGCGUCGCUAGGAGUGAAAACGUUCUACCCGAAGAUGUUUACGAGAGCGACGAAGAACAACCAGAUGCUAAAGGUGAAGAAGGAUGA